CUGAAGUGGUCCACAACACUUCGCCUCCGUGCCGUGCCAGUCCGCGGCAGAGAGAGCACAUCUCCCGGCAUCAAGAGCGAUGGACGGUUUGGACGUGUGCGCCAUGAAAUAUGGGUGAUGGGCAACCGGUUUAUGGUAAGUGCAGCGAAUGACUGACGGCUCCAUUGCCCAACAGCAUCGGCCGACAUGAUCGCAACGGGCGGGCUUCUGCGUAUCUCCAGGCGCCAGGACUCAGUGCGCUCCAAGACACGGGCGGAGAGCAAGCGGCUGCGGCGGGCGAGGAAGAGGAAGAGGAAGAAUGACGUGGUGGUGGUGAAGGGCAAGCUGCAGGUGUGCUCGGCCUCGGGCCUAGUGGCCGCCGUGGGCGUCCUAGUGCUUAUGGUGGGCAUCGCCAUGGCCGUGCUGGGUUACUGGCCAAAGCACAAGCUUGAGUACUCAGCGACGUGGGCCGCAAACAACCUCCAGGCCACUAGGGUUAGCGCGCCGAGGGGAAGCGCUCUCCAGAUGGCUUGGAACCACACGGGUAGUGCUAAGCUUAGCCAGCAGAGGGAGCUGAACGUGACUCGAGGGAACAUAAGCACCCUGGAGCUGUCGCCGUCGCCGGUCACGCCGGUCACGCCGGUCACACCUGAGCCACUGGGGCUUGUGGGAGCGCUGCUGGCCGGCUGGCUGCACUCGGACCAGCUGAAAAUGUUCGGGCCGCUGGUGAUGGGCAUGGGCAUCUUCCUGUUCAUCUGUGCCAACGCCGUGCUGCACGAGGAGCGUGACCGCCAGACCAAGGUCAUCGACCUGCGCGACAUCUACUCCACUGUCAUUGAUGCGCACGGUCUGCGCGCCAAAGACCAUUCGCCACCACCGCUCAACGGCCUCGUCAACUACGCCCAGGCGUGUAGUGGUGGCGUGGAGACGAACGCGGAGCACAGGGCAGGACGUUCACACGGCUCCUGGCCAUCGACGCUCUGGGGGUUCGGCUCCGGAGGAGGGGGGUCUCGAAGGCCCUCGUGUGCACGGAGGUGCAGCUGGUGGCGGGACGGGGGCGACGGCGUGUACAGUGUGUACCGGGAGCAGGAGAGAGGGCCAGUGGCGGCGGUGAUGGCAGCGCGGGGGCCGUGGGAGACGGGCUCCAUCGUCACGUCCUCCCUGAACGCCUUCACGCUGCCUGUCAUCAAACUCAACAACCGCGAGAUGGCGGAGGGGGUGCAGGACACUGAGGAGCAGCAGGUGGAGCAACAGGAGGAAGAAGAGGAGGAGGAGUAUGUAAGGAGGGAGAUGCGGGGGAGGAGAAAGGAGGUGGAGGAGGAGAGGAGCACGGAGAGCAAGGAUGGAAGCUCUUUCCCUGUCGCCAUAGAAACCAAAGCCGAGAUCUCCCGGGCAAACGUGUCCGACUCCCAGAGUUCCCUGGGCACCACAAAAAGGUGGGGGGGUUCGAGGUCAUUGUCGCCGCGGUGGUCGCUCUCGGAGGGCGGCGUAGCUCCUCCGGUGGCGGUGGCAGCAUCGGGGCGAAAGGUCGCGGGGUCGCACCUGUCCCUCACUUCCCUCUCUGAUGCAGCGAGCAUCCGCUGGCCGUUGGGCGGCGGCGGUCGCCAUGAAGACCGCUCCCGCCGAUUCAGCUGCCCCAGGCUGGAACGCUCGGGCAGCAAGGGCUACAUCAAGCUGGCUGACCUGGGGGGCGAGUCGUUUGAGGCGCCAGAUGGUGGGGCACUAACCCCUGGAACAGAACAAGCUGGAGGAUCGGCGACAGGGUCAGCAGUGUCCGAGGUGGAGGCGUCAUCAGCGUCGUCAUCGGUGGUGGUUCUGGUGGAGACAGAGGAGCUCUCUCACGGGCAGAGACGAGCGGCAGGAACUCUCUUAGAACACACACUCGUAGAACACACUACAGUUCACACACCACAGCAGCCGGUCGCUCACCCACAUGCGGUCGUUGGUUGCUCCCCUAGCAGGUUUAGCAGUACAGGGGGGGAUCACCACACACACACACACACACACACACACACACACACACACACACACACACACACACAGUCACUACAGGAACUACCUGGCCACACAGAGGAAUAGACUCACUACAGCUGUCAAGCUGAACCACAUCCACUGCACACUUGCCCGUUUGAUAUGUAUGAAAGUUAGCUCAUCAUACCUGCAGUAAAUGCCAAACUGCACCCAGAACUUUUAGACAUUUGGUAGCAUGUUCAUCCUUUUCACCAAUUAGUGAUCAUUAAAAGACACCUUGUUUUUAUAUAGUUACAAAAAUAGUGAGCUGCACUUUAGUCUUAUAUUCAAAGGCACACCACAGGGAAUACAGACACACAUGCACACACACACACACACACACACACACACACACACACACACACACACACACACACACACACAGUGUUUGCAGUAGCUUUAUAUGAGCAUAUAACGUUCAAAUUUGUUCUACACCAGUGCACACACAUUCAAGUAAGUCUGACAUUUUAAAUGAAUUGAAAUAGUAUUGUGUACUUAUAUAGAGAUAUCAGUCUACACCUAAUUAGUAACAAUGGGACAUAUGGGAGAGUAUCAUUCCAACUCACAAGCCAUUCAUUAAUUUAUACCUAUAAAGCUGCAGUAUGUAAUUAUGUUUGUUUGUUUGUUUGAAGUUGUAUGAAGUUAAAGUUACAGUGUGUGAUUCUAAUUCAAAACACUUUUUAAAUCAAGUUCAGCAAAUCCCUCUUCCCAAUCCUCUAGUUGUCCAUUCAGUGUGUAUGUGCUUAGUGUUCAUAGAGUCUGUAAGUCAAGCUCUUUAAGCCGUUUGGGAGCAUUGUAGAUAAAAGCACCUUUUGAAGUUUUGUUUUUUAAACUGCUCAAAUAAACUCUAAAGUCAGGGAUUGGUCCUCAAGGAUGUCAGUCAAGUCCAUAAAUCCAGGUGAUUGUCUGGUGGUAGUGGGAUCAGGGAGUGGAGAACUAUGUUUUCUGAUGUGUGUGUAGAGGGAAGACUGUGCCCUAUAUUGAACUAAUAUCAGGUUUUUUGGAUGAUUGUGAGCUUUUCUUAUUUCAUCUGCUAUGUUUGUUUGUAUGUGUGUUUGUAAGUAGAGCGUUCAGAUUCACUGCUGAUGCCAGACUGUGAGUAGAGAGUUCAGAUUAACUGCUAUCCCUAUCUGGACCAGACCUGGGGGGAAAUCAAAGAAUGUGAUUAGUAACAAGCCUGACUAUGUUAAGUCUGAGUAAGUGUAAUAGCUCCUAAUAGUUGAGUCCUAUGACUUUGUUUUGGAGUGAGAACGAAUUAGGGGUCUCACUAUUAGGAGCUUUACUGCUUGGUGUUAACUUCAUUUAACCAGGAUAGAUUACUAAUCUACACUCUUUGAAUAUCCUCUUGGUGAUAAUCCAGACCCGAACCUUCUAUCCAAACUAGAUCUAUUCUAGAGUCAUUUGCUCUUGAAUUCAUUCCAUUUAUGUUGUUUCCUUUCCCUUCUUUACCAGAACACUAAUGACCUGCAGCCACUUCCCUUUUCUAACAAGCCUUUAGCAGCUUUUAGAAGGCAUCAUCAAAUCAAAUUAUAUCAUAAGCCAUUUGGCCAUAAGGCUUUCUUUACAGUCUACCUUCAUUUUACUUCAGGGUAAUGUUCACUCUUCACAAGCUAUAAAGGUUUACAUUUAGGUUUAUGCUUACACUAAGUGACACAGAGUGAACCUGUUGAAUUGACCUUUAAGGCCCAACAGAUACGAGUAGAAUUUCAUUCACAACCUUUACACGUCUGCUAAGACCUAAGUCUCAACAUCACUCUAUGAAAUAAUUCACGGUAGAACAGUGUUGUAAAAGAAAUACGUCAAACACAGAGACCAGUUACAAAAGAGCUUGGCAUAUUUUCCACAGGAAACCUCCCACACACUAUACAAAGUUGACGUCUGCUUUAUUGUGUAGUUUUAUUUUAGCUCGGCUAUUUCGGUUCACAAUGCAAAUGUACAUUGUGUGCUUGGAACGAAAUCCUGGAAAUCUCGCAUGAAAAAAACAAACAUAUUUCACAUAACAGCACUAAUAACAAUCCUUAUGUCAGGUCUAAGUUCAUUUUCACUUUUUUUAUGUUGUUCACCUAUGAAGGUUGUGCCUUUAGAGAAGGAUACAGGAUUUUUGUUCUCAUGCGACAUGCUUUGUAUUCAGCUGUGGUAUCAGACUGACAUUUCAAUCAGAUCAAAUACAGAAGUCUGCAUUUUUGAAAGUCUGUCUUGAGUCUGAAAUGUCAGAGUGACAAGACCUACCCAUACACAGUGGGUUAAAUAUCACCCAUUGAAAAGAGACAAAUUUGUUUUUAUGGAUUUCUUUUGUCUGUGUUCUAGUGCAGCACAGGGUUUAUGUAUACUGAAGAAUGAGUUGGACCCCUCAAAAACAACAAAGCAAUAGACAAGCAAUCUGACUGCAGAUUUUAUGUGUAAUCGAUUGGAGACAAAACUAGGCAAAAGAAGUCUUCGCUGGAGAUUAGAAUGGAUGUAUGGUUUUUUUUUUUAAGGCACAGUCAAAAGGGGUGCAGAAAGGCGGUACCAGCACUGUUAUAUGGAUCAGCUUGAAACACACUUAAUCCAUCGCAUACAAACAUAGAGAAGGGGGAAUCUGAGAUGUCUAUUUUGUGUGAUGUCUGCUGGCUGCCUACAUUACAAAACCACCGAUUUACAUGCCAGAAAAUUGUCCAGGAGAUGAGUCAGUCAGUAGGAUUAGAGUUUCCUGGCCGAGUGAGCGAGUCGUACUGUCCCUGAGCAUUGGACCUGGACCUGAGCCGCCUCUCAAACAGCAAUGGGACUGAACUGGGCCUGAACAGGGGCGCCACUUCAGCCAGAUUUCUUCCUGCCUUGCCCUCUAUCUGGGGCUGAUUAUACAACCAUGUGUUUAAAGCAGCAGUAUGCUACAGCUCAACAUGGAUUAAGCUGGCUAAUGUGGUAAAGGAUGUCUUUUGGAGGCAAUGUUAGGCGAUUUUGUGACAUGCAUGUCCAUACUAGACCAUAGUGCCUGAAUGGACAUUGGUUUCUCAGUCCUUCACAUGACCAUAUACUAUCAAACCGAUUGCACCAAAAGAACUUGCCAAUAAAAACAUACCUUCAAAAAUGGAAAACCUAGUGCUGCUUUAAAGCAAUAUAAUGUGAAUUGUUUUUUAUACCCUUCAUCAUCAAUUUUCAAUGCACUGGGCAUCCAUUUGGCACUAGCAUUCUGGGCAUGGAUUGGCAUUGUCAGAGAUACCUUUCUCCGUAUUAUCAGUCAGACUGAGUUUGAACCUGUUGUUUUUAGUUAAAAUAACUACAUAGUGCAGGGGACUCCAGCCAUCUCAGAUCAGGCAUGAGCAACACCUUGCUAGGCCAAAACAUCCCAAAUACCAAUGCCAAUGGCAAUACAUCCCAAAUACACACCUCAUAGGUUUUAUUUCCAGCUCAGACUCCCUUUGAAUGAUACCCACCCCCAUGCUAUGUCCUGGCCUUGAUGUGGGAUCAGCUCAUGUCAUAACAGGAGGUUUCAUCAGAUUAAAAGGAUUCUUCACCCCCACUCCUCCUAUGCUAUCUUCACACACACACACACACACACACACACACACACACACACACACACACACACACACACACACACACACACACACACACACAUUUAGGCACAGACACACAUAUAUACAUAUCUUUUGUUUACACACACAGGCAGCUCUCCCAAUCCACAUCCAUGGAUGAGGUGCUCUUGAGCAAGGCACCUAACCCCCAACUGAUCCCCGGGCGCCGGAUUAAGGGCUGCCUCUGCUCCGGAUGUGCAGGUGUACUCCUGGUGUGUGUGGGCUCCCAGCUCACUGCUCCAAGUGUGUGUGCGUGCGUAUGAAUGUGUGCACACGACACUACACCCGGAUGGUUAAAUGCAGACAACAAAUUUCCUCACAGGACAAACCCCUUUCCCUUUACACACACUCACACACACAAAGUAUAUGUACACAGACACACACACACACACACAUACACAUACACACACACACGCAUACCAUGACUGACUACUAUGUGACAGUGACGUUAAUCUCAGGAGCCACCCCAUUGUGAGAAAACAGAUAUUUUUCAUUGUUUUAAAGUGUGUGUUUAAAAAAGUAUACAAAUUUCCAGCUGAGUGUACCGUGUGUUUAUUUGCAUUUGACCUAUACUAAAUCUAAUUCCUUUAA